AUGAAAACUUUAAUUGUUGUGGAUAUGCAAAACGACUUCGUCUCGCCUUUGGGUUCGUUGACCGUCCCUAAAGGUGAGGAAAUUGUCGAUCCAAUUUCCAAGCUAAUGCAGGAUGCUGAUAGAGACUGGCACAGAAUUGUGGUGACCAGAGACUGGCACCCCGCAAGACACGUAUCGUUCGCCAAAAAUCAUAAAGACAAAGAGCCUUUCUCAACCUACACCUACCGUUCUCCAAGACCAGGUGAUGACUCCACCCAGGAAGGUAUCUUGUGGCCUGUGCACUGUGUGAAAAACACUUGGGGCAGUCAAUUGGUCGACCAUAUAAUGGAUCAAGUGCUCACCAAGCACAUGAAGAUCGUCGACAAGGGGUUCUUGACCGACCGUGAAUACUACUCCGCCUUCAAUGAUAUCUGGAACUUCCACAAGACCGAUAUGAACAAGUACUUGGAAAAGCACCACACAGACGAGGUCUACAUCGUCGGUGUUUCCUUGGAGUACUGUGUCAAGGCUACCGCCAUCUCCGCCGCAGAGCUGGGCUACAAGACCACUGUCCUGCUGGACUACACAAGACCUAUCAGCGAGGAUCCAGAGGUCGUCAAGAAGGCCAUAGAAGAAUUGAAGGCUCACAAUGUCAACGUCGUGGACAAAUAA